GAGUCGCAUGGGAGCAUUUAGGCCUCGUAGUGUGGGCCAACACAAAGACACCAAGCUCAGCCGCAGCAGCCCUCAUGGCAACAACUGUAAUGUGGGAACCGUGUUUGGGUUAUCUCAGUCUCUUCUCCGGGAGCAGAGCUGCCUUCCUGCUGAACCCAACUCCACGGGCCUCCAGCAGCACCAGUCCAAAGACUAUGUUACCAUACAACUAGCUACUUAAUAAUGCAGCCUAGUAUGCCUUCCUGCAUGGAGAAAUACUCUUGUACUCUGUAGUUCUCUUCUGUAGUUCUCUUCUGUAGUUCUACCUCAAAGAGCAUGGCUUGAGUAGCUAAGACAAUCCCCCCUGCUGCACACUUAAGCUGUGCACUGCCUUAGAAAAGACUUUGUCUGCAUUGCUUAGGUUUUUCUGCCUGCCAAAUGCAAUAGAUGGUGCGACCAAGUUUGUCUGAGAUGAGUUUGUAUCGAUCGCUGGUCCUCCCUCCCGGCUCUAGACUAUAGCAGAGGACAACAGGUAAGAGGCAUGGUACUCUGCUGGCGCUACGAAGCUUUAAAGAUAUUUAGCUCUAAUUAAGUUUCUCCUCAGAGAGAGAGAGAGAGAGGAGGGGGGGGGGGAUAAAAGGCUCCCAGCAGCAGGAAUGCAGCACAGUAAUCAAUCAGGUUCCUCUACUGUUAGUGAUAGUGCUGCAGGUCCUACCCUCGUUCCCUCACAGGGAAAAUGGCCGCUCCUGGGCAUACAGACAGGGAGGAGUGUUGUGUUAUUCAAGAAGCCCUGACUUCACCUCAACCUGCCAUACUAGGAUCCGUGACCAGUAAAGUGGGGGAUAUCCCCAGUGCCAUAACUCCUCCAGUACCCCCAAUGCCCUGUGUAAGAGAAUGAUUGAUGACUGACACUUUAUCAUCUCACUUUUCUUGGUAUUAGGCUCUUUCAGCACCACUGGAGAGAGAUUUAUUGAGAACUUAUCUGAAAAGUAGCGUGCUUGGUGUGAAUAUUAUCAGCCUCAAGCUCUUAGCUAUGCCAGUGUGUGCUAUUGUAUGAAGGGUAACAUUCAAUUAACACUUGAUUUUACAUGGUAUUACAGUAGGUGGUUGUUGGGCUACAUGUUAUGAAUCUACUCGUUCAGCUUUUAGAAUGGAAAGAGUAAAGCCAGACAGAUGAACUGCACUGUCUGUCUCAGCUCAUCCCACUUGACUUGCUCUUGUUUCAUGUCUCAAAUAGGAAAGCUUAGAUUAUUAGAGCAUGAUGGCUAGCUAUGGUGGAUUGGUUGCCUGUUUCAAUCUUUUGGUGCAUAAAGCAUCUCAAAAGCUUAUUUGUCUCUCUGUCUCGCUCUCUCUUUCUUUCUCUCUCUCUCUCUCUCUCUCCCCUUCCCUUGCUCUCUCUCUCCCUCUCUCUCCAUCCCCUCCUCUCUCUCUCUCUCUCUCUCUUCCCCUCCUCUCUCCCCCUUCUCCCACCCUCUCUCCCCCUCUCCCCCCUCCCUCUCAGGUGUGUAAGGUUCUGAACACCACCAGUAUGAGUUGCUUUGCCCCGUCCCUGGUGGCAGAGUACCGUCCAGGUCUGGACACGGCCAAACACGCUGAUGAGUUUGGGUUCAUCUUCAACAACGUCCAGACUCUGCUGGUGUAUAACAACACCGCCUUCCUCUACUACCCCAACCCAUACUUUGAACCUCUCAGCACCAAUGGAGUCCUGGAACAGAAGCCUGGAUCGCCCAUCAUUCUCAAGGUAUGGCAGAAGGACAUGGGAUUGUAAUCAAUCAAUCAAUCAAUUAAAUUGAUUCAUAAAGCCCUUUUUACAGGGCCUUUACAGUAACUCUAUUUAGAAACCAAGAGAGGGUUUAGGGUAUUUGAAUGCAACCAUUAAUCUGCAGUUAUGCCUGAGGUAUAAACAUCCUAGUAUGGCAUUGUGUUCUACAGUAUAACUAUCAUAACAGCUGUACCAUAACAAACAAUACUUUAUUUUAAGUAAUAAUGUAAUUUAGCAGUUAGUACAAGUGUCCCCCUCUCAUCCCCCUCUCCUUGCUCUCCCCCCACAGGGCAGAAACCUGGUGCCCCAUGCCUCAGGGGGGGUGAAGCUCAACUACACUGUGUUGAUCGGGGUGACCCCCUGCUCUGUCACUGUGUCUGAGACCCAGCUGCUGUGUGAGCCCCCUAACCUUACGGGCCAGUACAAAGUCAUGGUACGUCAGUCAGUCUAUCCAAACACACGCAUGCACACAGGGGCUCACCACAUACACAUACACACCCACACAUACACAUACACACACACACACACACACACACCCUCUUCCUGUCUCUCUAUUCUGUGUGUCGGCGUGUCUAUGUGGUUUCUUUUCCAUAACGUUUGACCUGUAAUCUCCAUUGUUUUGGCACAUUUGUGGUUGUUCAUUCAGCUGAGAGAAACAGGUCAAAGAGGGAGCAGUGUGACUGGGCUCGAGCCGUCAAAAGGUUCUGUUAGAAUCCAUUGCAAUUAUUUCUACUAGUCUGCUCACUUAUUGAGUGCAAGCCCCCAGAACUUCACUCUUCACUCUCCUCGAUGACGGGGUGUGUUGGUGUGUGUGCAUUUGUGUUGUGUGUCUGUGUGUGUGUGUGUGUCUAUGCACAAUGUGUCUGUACACUGUAUGGGUUUAUUAAACUGAAUCUAAUGUGUGUGCGUGCAUGCCUGUGUGUGUGUGUUUGAAUGUGUGUAACUAUGUGUGUGUGUGAUAUUCAGGUCCAGGUGGGCGGUCUCCACGUGUCUCCGGGGUCAGUACACAUCCUGUCAGACAGCCUGCUCACACUCCCCGCCAUCGUCAGUAUCGCCGCCGGCGGAGGCCUCCUCCUCAUCAUCGUCAUCCUCGUCCUCAUCGCAUACAAACGCAAGUCGCGGGAGAAUGACCUCACCCUGAAGCGCCUGCAGAUGCAGAUGGACAACCUGGAGUCCCGGGUCGCCCUGGAGUGCAAGGAAGGUGGGUAACACUUUAUUUAGAUAGUCCAGCUGUAGAUGCUCUGCAGACUAGCAGUAGGCUAUCAGUAACAUUGAUAUGCAUCAAUGCAUCUAGGGAAAUCCAUAGACAUUCAACAAAUCAACCAUAGACUAUUAGUUGUAACUCAUAACACAAAUUAUCGUGUAGACUACGGAAGGUUAGUUAAGCCCAGAGACAACAAAGUAAUCCAAUUACAUUGGAAACUGACAUCAAAAUGUCUUUGACGAGUACUGCAAUUACGUUUGGUCCUCUUCUGCUCUACUUGGCUAUUUUUGAGACACUUUGAUUCCGGUCUCUUUGAAGGGCUAAUGACUGAGCUAGCUAGCUGAGUUCACAAUUUAAAUGGUGACAGUGAGAGUGCAUUGACUGGGCUCCACAAAGUCAUGGUAUAAUUUACAUUUACAUUUAAGUCAUUUAGCAGACACUCUUCUCCAGAGCGACUUACAGUUAGUGAGUGCAUACAUUGAAAGACACAAAUGGGUGUUUCUGCGUAGUAAGUCAGUUACUGGUACUGUGUGUUGCAUAAUGUAAUAUGAGGUAUUGUGAAUCUGGGUCAGUCAGUCAGGUUUUGUCUGACACACAUAGUCUCUGCUACUUCAGUUUGCCCUCUUUGUGACCACGAUCGUUGGACACUAUAUCCACAUGGUGCUUGUCUAUUGUUCACACCCACUGACUCAUUCACACACACACACUUACUUACAAACACUGACUCACACACUGAUUAAACACAAUGUUUUCCUAUGAACAGAUUUGGAAUGGCAUAUCAUCUUUAUUUCAUGCAGGCAUUUUCUGUAUCACGGAUGCACUGAACGCAUAGUGUGUGUGUGUGGCAUGUGUGUGUGUGGCAUGUGUGUUCUGGUCUGUGUGUGUGUGUGACAGUGUGUGUUUCAGUUUGUUGUAAAGGCAUGGUCUCGUUUAAGAUUGUUAGGCAGGCUUAGUUAAAGCCUGAUACAUCUGUGUUAGUUUUGAGCUCUAAUGUCCUACACACACACAAACACUCACACACACACUCACAAAGGCCCCUGCACACUAAAAAAUGUGGGUUCCUCAAGGGUUCUUUGGGAAGGGUAAUGGUUUUAUGUGGAACCAUACUGACCCAAAGAACCCUUUGAGGUUCCAAUGGUUCUUUGCAGUUAAAAAAAGUAUGUAGGGGCGGUGGCUCAUUCGAAUAUCUUGGGACAUGGUUUGCGCACAGCUCUUUUUGUGCAACCGUGAAUGAGUGUGUCAUUCUAGUUGAUCUAAUGUGUUGUGUUAUGCUAGUACAUGUUAAAUAUGACUAUGGCCAGUGACGGUGUCUUGGGAAAGACUCACGUAUGGCCUCGUGUCAAUUGAGAACGGUUGACUAAGUCAGUUGUUUGAUUUGAUUUGAUUUAGUUCUCAAUUCUCUCCUUAUGUUAUGUAUCCCCUCCAGUCACCCUGAACACAGCUUUACCACUCUGAAUGUAGAAUGUCCCAACAUAUUGAAUUAAAUGAUGUAUAGAAGACAGGUUGAUGUUUAUUGUCAUGAAUCUUGCCCUUGAGGCAGAACUGAGUGAUUUCCGCUAGAUGAGUACAGCUGCAAAGUCGAAAUUGUCUAUAUCGUAAAAGUUAAUGAAAACAAAAAUUAGCUUUUUGGUGUUAAUUUAAGGUUAGGGUUAGGCAUAAUGGUUAGCAGUGUGGUUAAGGUUAGGGUUAGGUUUAAAAAAAGGUUUUAUGACUUUGUGGCUGUGCCAGCUAGUGACCACUCUGUAGAGCUGCCUCCAUGGCAAGAUUAAUGACAAUAAAUACCAACCUGCGUAUAGAAGGUGGGACAUACAGAAUAAAUAGUAUACUAGAAGGGUAUAUCCUCCAAACAUAGGAGGUUGGUGGCACCUUAAUUGGGGAGGACGUGCUCGUGGGAAUGGCUGGAGCGGAAUAAGUGGAAUAGCAUCAAAUACAUCCAACAUAUGGUUUCCAUGUGUUUGAUGCCAUUCCAUUUGCUCCUUUCCAGCCAUUAUUAUGAGCCAUCCUCCCCUCAGCAGCCUCCACUAUCUCCAAAUGUCAUUGUCUUAUUAAUCUGGGUUGUGUCAGGGCAGUGGCAGACACGGCUGCAUGGGGCUACAGAGCUAAAGCCCUGGCCACAGACAGAAAGAUAGGCAGAAACACACACAUACACACACACAUACACACACACACAGGCGAGGAGACAGACCGAGAAGUCAUGUUUAAACCAAUAGCUGUGGUCAGGAGGAGUUUAGUGCCCAGAGGGUGGAUUUAGAGGGGCAGAUAGGUACCUGGGUUCCACUCCAGGGGUCUGAGUCUGAGCCCUGGGCUGGGGUAGCAGGGGGGCUGGGGGGCUGGGGGGUAGGCGGGAAAUAUAUGAUUGGCUGUAGAGAGGCCUCCCUCAGGGCAGAGCAAGACUCAGUCAGGAUGGGGCCAAUUAACCACCUCUCACCUGCAGCCUCUAACAGCGGGGGACUGACACACAGGAGCUCAGAUACUGUACAGUACAGCCAAUUUACUGGCCACCAGAAGUAAAUAUGUGUGUGUUUGGGGGGGUUGUUAUGUGUGUUGUGUGUGUGUGAGAGAGAGAGAGAGAGAGAGAGAGAGAGAGUUUUUCUUCCAUGAAGUGUGUCUUGGGUUCAGUGUCAGGAUCACCAUAGAGAAUGGGCAUACAUAUUAAUGCAUGUAGAUGUGCUCCAUGGUUUCAGAUAGAUUUUAAACUAGCAGGUCUGGAAUCAGUUGAUCUAUACUAACAGCCCUGCUCAUGUCUGCUCUCUCUACCCCCCCCCCCCCUCCAGCCUUUGCUGAGCUGCAGACGGACAUCAAUGAGCUGACCAGUGAUCUGGACAGAGCUGGUAUCCCUCACCUGGACUACAGGACCUACGCCAUGAGAGUCCUCUUCCCUGGCAUAGAGGACCACCCUGUUCUCAGAGAACUGGAGGUACAGAGAGAGUGGAGGGGGGAGAGGGAGAGGGAGAAAAAAUGGAGAGGGGGGAGGAAGUGGGAGAGUUUGAUAGGGAGAGAGUAAAAGAGAGGGGGGAGAGAGCGAGAAGAGAGAGAUGUGGGGGAGAGAGAGAAGAGAGAGAGAUGUGGGGGCGCGCGCGAGGCGCAGCUGUGCGGCGCGCGCGCCGCGUGCGCGAGAAGAGAGGCGGCGGAAGCGCGGCGAUGUGGGGAGAGAGAAGAGAGGGAGAGCUGGUGGUAGAGAGGCGCGCGGGUGUGGGGAGCGGCGAGGAGCGUGUGGGGGCGCGGCGCGAGGAGGAGCUUGGGAGGGGCGGGCGGGUAAGAAUUGAGAGAGAGGGGUUGAGAAUCGAUGGAGAAGUGAUAAAGAGAGAGAGAAUGAGGGAAUAGUGAGAGCUUCAACAUCACUCCCCUAAGGCAUGCCCUCCAUAAGCACCACAGUGCCCAGAGGGAGACUGAUACCAGCAUGCAGCUCUGCAGCUCUGCCUCUCUACCCUCUGGCCUCACACACACAGACAAACACACACACCAGCACCACACACACACACACAGCACACAGCACACAUACACACACAGGUUCCAGUACAGGGUCCCGGCGCGCGUCUAUUUCACCCACCAGCAGCUCCUUCAUCAGGAGUAAUGACGUGGGUAAUAUCCUGUUCACUGGCGGCCAUGGGACCCACCUCCUCUACUGGGGAAAAACUGACUGGAACACACUCAAUACACUCCCUUUUCAGUGUAACACACUGGGAUUCUUUAUAGGAGAGUACAGGGUGUGUUUGAGUUGCUGGAUGCGUUGACUUCAUAAGGGAUACAGAGACCUCAUUCAGGAGAAAGGUCUAAUAGGUACAAAGUAUGUCAUGUAGUAGUUAUGUCAAGCAUUUAACAAUCGGAAUGUGUAUAAACAUGUUUAAAAACCUCUUAACAGACUGCCACACAGAAUCUAUAUGUCGUCAUGUGGUACAGUAUUAACCCUUUGUAUCCUGUCCUGCCCUGUCCUAUGUGUGUAGGUGUCAGGUAACGGUCAGCUGAACACAGAGAAGGCUCUGAAGCUCUUCGCUCAGCUCAUCAACAACAAGGUGUUCCUGCUAACCUUCAUCAGAACUCUGGAGCUCCAGCGCUCCUUCUCCAUGCGUGACCGCGGCAACGUGGCAUCGCUCAUCAUGACCGCGCUGCAGGGCAAACUGGAGUACGCCACCGACGUGCUCAAACACCUGCUCUCCGACCUCAUCGAUAAGAACCUGGAGAGCAAGAACCACCCCAAGCUGCUGCUUCGCCGGUAGGAGACAUACACAUUCAUACACUGCUACACAGACACAUAUACAUGCACAAACGCAUUAUGUACACAUUAUGCAUGUACGCACAUACACACACAUCAAUGCACACACAUACACACACAUACUCACACAACUGCUAUGGGCAUACUGGAAGGGGAAGUAGAGAUAGUGGAGGUUGAAAACAGUGGGAGGAUGUUGAUUAAAGAUGGAUGCCUCAACGAGUGGAUCAGAAUGGUGCAUUCAUCUGCCACUUGUAUUGAUUCCAUUCAUCGAGAUAAUAAGUACUUCAUUUACAAUGGCAAGAGAUUCAUUUGAUCAACAAUGACUUCUCUUGUGUAGAAAUAUCCUUUGAAUUCUCAGCAAAGAUGGAAAGAGAGUUGUACCGAUUUAGGGUCUUAACUUGAGCCAGUUUGCAACAGCAGGAAAAUAAUCCUGCAGCAACAGGAAAUGUGAAUUAUUAUGUGGAUUAUAAUUAAUGGACAUUUUUGUAGGGUUUGAUACAUUUUUCGUAAAGGAAAAUCAAGUCUGAAAUUUUAAAGUGGAAAUUACAAACUUCAGAAGCCUUUUUAAACCUCAAAUACACUACAAGUUUUACAUUUCCAUUGCAGGAAAGUCCUCCUGCAACAGGGUGAUCAAAUGAUCUCAACUUCCCCAGUUCGAGGACAGGAAGACAAUCAGAGAUGGACGAGAGAAAGAAAAAGCAAAGGAAGACAGCAGAGCGCGAGCGAGAGAAGGAGAGAGAGAGAGAUGUGAAAGAAGAGAGAGAGGAGAGAGAGGGAGAGCGAGCAGAGAGAGAGGAGAGCGAGAGAGAGAGAGAGAGAAUGAUCGAUGGAUAUAGGCGAGUCGAGCUCUCAGCGAGAGAGAGAAAGAAAGAAGAGAGAGAGAGGAAAGGAAAGAAAACGAAAAUAGGAGGGAGAGAGAGGAGAGAGAGAGAGAGAGAGGGAGAGGAGAGCAGAAGGAAAAGAAGGAGAUAGAGAAAGGAAGAAAGAGAGGAGAGAGAGAGAGAGAGAGCGAGAGAGAAGGAAAGACAGAGAGAGAAAGGUAGUAGAGAGGAGAAGAGCGAGAGAGAGAGGAGAGAGAAAACAAACAAGAAGCGCUAAGCACACACCCACGAAUAUCGAGGAAUCUCAACUCAGUCAAUACCCCUUUCUGCUCUCCGGGGGCUCUCUCUCUUUUACCUUACUCUCUCUCCUCUAUCAUCUCUCUCUCUUCUAUCUCUCUCUCUCUAUCUCUGACUCUCUCUCUCUCUCUCUCUCUCCUUCCCUCUCCCGCUCUCUAUCUCUUUUCUUCCCUCCCCCUCUCUCUCUCUCUCUCCCUCCUCUCAGUCUUAGAGUCCACGGUUGUACCACUGUCAGUCUCACUUAUCCUCUAAACUCUUAAACUCUGGCUCCUCAUCAAACAUUCAGCAGCAGCUCAACUUUACUUCUCUCCUUCUGUCUCCUUCUGUCUCCUAUCUAGAUCGUUUUUUCCGCAGGACUCAGGCCGUUGUGCUAAAUCUUUUAGUGUAUCUUCGAGACUGUUUUAUAGGUGUAUGGAUGGGUUAGCAGGUGACGAGCAGAACAGUCCCAGUCCAUCCUUAACCCCAUCCCCAGUGUUGAUCACUCAGCUCCUGUUCUCUAGCCCAGCUGUGUGAGAAGGACACAAGGACUGGCCUCCUCAUAUGACAGACUAUUCUUAAUCCGGGGGGUGGGGGGUGGGGGGGGGGUAGCCUAUACUUUGUUUUGGCUCUCCUGUUUCAUUUUAUUUGUUCUGCUCUGAUGGCAGCUCAUCAAUUAGCAGCUGAUAACAGGAUGGCUGGGCCUGUUAUUCUGUUUAUGCCUGAACCCUCUCUACCUAUUAAUGAAUCUGCCUUCCAUCUCUUUCUGUCCUGAUGUAGUGUAUGGCUGUGUGCCAUGUCACAGUGAGAGGGAUAGUAGACAGCUAAGUGAGUCUACAGGUGGGCCAUAGGGAAGUGCAUGACUAAAAUGUAAUGUAAUGUAGGACUUUAGCAGAGGCUCCUGAUGGCUCCUUGGGAAGUGUAAAUAAAAUAUGUUGUAUCUCUAUAUCGGUGUCGUAAAUGGCACCCUAUUACCUACAUAGUGUACUACUUUUGACCAUUUGGGACGCAUCCUAAAUGUAGGCGUUGAACUGUACAGUAUCUGAGGCAGCAGGAGAAACUCUAUCAGUGACUCUCUAGUAGUGCAUGACUGUGUAGUAUGAAUUAUUACUGACUGUAACAGCACCGGACCUGGUCUGCAGGGUCAGAGGAGAGAGCCACCACACAUACAAGAAGUUACCUGGGUCACUGAGCCUACAGCUUCCUGGUUCUUUCUCAUCCAUAUUACAUAUGACAUAUAACAGGGGUACAUCAUGGUGGGUUGAGAGUGCACUGGCUGACAAGGCCCGCUCUGAAUGGCUCUAUCUGCUGCCCACGCCCACGCGCACACACACAUACACUGUGCUCUGCUGUAGCAGAAUGCAUUUCUGUAGUACUCACAGUAGAAUAUCCAUGACAUCCAUAACAGGGACCCUGUGGAUAUACAUGUAUAUGGGAGCUGUAAAAAUAACAAUAGCUGUCCCCAUGCUUUAGCGGGUUGUGGCUUUCAGUCCUGAAAUAUAUACAGUUGAAGUCGAAUGUUUACAAACACGUUAGCCAAAUAUAUUUAAACUCAGUUUUUCACAAUUCCUGACAUUUAAUCCUAGUAAAAAUUCCCUGUUUUAGGUCAGUUAGGAUCACCACUUUAUUUUAAGAUGGUGAAAUGUCAGAAUAAUAGUAGAGAGAAUGAUUUAUUUCAGCUUUUAUUUAUUUCAUCACAUUCCCAGUGGGUCAGAAGUUUACAUACACUCAAUUAAUAUUUGGGAGCAUUGGCUUUAAAUUGUUUAACUUGGGUCAAACGUUUCGGGUAGCCUUCCACAAGCUUCCCACAAUAAGUUGGGUGAAUUUUGGCCCAUUCCUCCUGACAGCUGGUAUAACUGAGUCAGGUUUGUAGGCCUCCUUGCUCGCACACACUUUUUCAGUUCUGCCCACAAAUGUUCUAUAGGAUUGAGGUCAGGGCUUUGUGAUGGCCACUCCAAUACCUUGACUUUGUUGUCCUUAAGCCAUUUUGCCACAACUUUGGAAGUAUGCUUGGGGUCAUUGUCCAUUUGGAAGACCCAUUUGCAACCAAGUUUUAACUUCCUGACUGAUGUCUUGAGAUGUUGCUUCAAUAUAUCCACAUAAUUUUCCUUCCUCAUGAUGCCAUCUAUUUUGUGAAGUGCACCAGUCCCUCCUGCAGCAAAGCACCCCCACAGCAUGAUGCUGCCACCCCCGUGCUUCACGGUUGGGAUGGUGUUCUUCGGCUUGCAAGCAACCCCCUUUUUCCUCCAAACAUAACUGUGGUCAUUAUGGCCAAACAGUUCUAUUUUUGUUUCAUCAGACCAGAGGACAUUUCUCCAAAAAGUACAAUCUUUGUCCCCAUGUGCAGUUGCAAACCGUAGUCUGGCUUUUUUAUGGUGUUUUUGGAGCAGUGGCUUCUUCCUUGCUGAGCGGCCUUUCAGGUUAUGUCGAUAUAGGACUCGUUUUACUGUGGAUAUAGAUACUUUUGUACCUGUUUCCUCCAGCAUCUUCACAAGGUCCUUUGCUGUUGUUCUGGGAUUGAUUUGCACUUUUAGCACCAAAGUACGUUAAUCUCUAGGAGACAGAACGCAUCUCCUUCCUGAGCGGUAUGACGGCUGCGUGGUCCCAUGGUGUUUAUACUUGUGUACUAUUGUUUGUACAGAUGAGCGUGGUACCUUUAGGCAUUUGUAAAAUACUCCCAAGGAUGAACCAGAAUUGUGGAGGUCUACAAUUUAUUGGUAGAGGUCUUGGCUGAAUUCUUUGGAUUUUCCCAUGAUGUCAAGCAAAGAGGCACUGAGUUUGAAGGUAGGCCUUGAAAUACAUUCACAGGUACACCUCCAAUUGACUCAAAUGAUGUCAAUUAGCCUACAGAAGCUUCUAAAGCCAUGACAUCAUUUUCAGGAAUUUUCCAAGCUGUUUAAAGGCACAGUUAACUUAGUGUAUGUAAACUUCUGACCCACUGGAAUUGUCAUACAGUGAAUUAUAAGUGAAAUAAUCUGUCUGUAAACAAUUGUUGGAAAAAUUACUUGGGUCAUGCACAAAGUAGAUGUCCUAACCGACUUGCCAAAACUAUAGUUCGUUAACAAGAAACUUGUGGAGUGGUUGAAAAACAAGUUUUAAUUACUCCAACCUAAGGGUAUGUAAACUUCCAACUUCAACUGUAUAUAUAUAUGGUCAAUAUAUUUCAAGAUAUAUGUGAGCCAAAUGUUUUCUCUGCAUUGCUCUGUCCAUAUAGUUUAGCUUUAGUUAGAUCAGGGUAUAUGGAGUAUGUAGCGUUGAGUUACUUGACACUAAAAGCAUAAACAUGCACACGUACUUUAAAAGCAGAUAGGAUGAGCAAAGCGAGACAAUAAUAAGCUAAUAAUAGUAUCCACCUAUAAUAAGGACACACUAAAGAGACACACAGGAUGCUUAAUGAAGAUAUACAGUUGUAGGUAUACACUUUAAAGACAGCACUGCCCGAAGGCAUUCCCACUCAUGUCAUGUAAGUACAUUUGUGUGUGUGCCUGUGUGCGGCAUGCGUGUGUGUUUGUGUGUGCGAAUGCCUGUGUAUAUGUGUAUGUGCACUCAUCGUGUGUGUCCGCUGACGUGUGUGUGUGUGUUGACCACAGACUUUAGCGGUGUGUGAGUGAGGCAAUAUUGGGGUAGCUAAGUGUCAAGGGGGGCUGGGGGCCUAGGGACGAGGAGGGCUGGAGGGCUUCUCUCUCAGACAGGUCAGCAAUAGGAUCUGAUGAGGCUGCUCCCAUACUGACUGAGACCUUUUAAUUAUUGAGCCAGUCUCCAGCAGAGCGCUCCAUUGAGAUGAUGGAGUGCCAUGCUAGCUAUUUCCCCAUCACCGCAGAGAGAGAGAUUGAGAGGAUAGUGAGAAAGGGGGAGAGAGCGAGUGGGAGGCAGAGUGAGAGAAAAGAAGCCAAAGGGAGAGAAGGAGGACGGAGAGGGAGAUGGGGGAGAGAGAGAUGAAAGCAGAGGGAGCGAGGCAGAGGAAGGGAAAACUAGGAGAGGGAGGAUGCCGAUGGGCACCAGUCUUGGCCACUGUGAUCUUGUCUGAAGGUGUUUCUGAGUUACCAGGGUGCAUUAGACAUGCAGCACGCCUGUUAACAUUGUAAUUAGCAUUUACUCUGCUCUCGCUUUCUCUCUCUCUCUCUCACACACACACACACACACACACACACACACGACUCUUUCUCUUUCAUCACACAUCUAGUUGAAGACGAGCUUCACAUCAAUAGGUCAGUAAUUUACUAACUGCUAGUAUUUGACAAUUUUAUCUAUUCUUCGUAGAUGUAUAAAUGAUUGACCAUUGAUCAAACAAAGUUUUGUUAACCUUAUACUCACCCUGUUACUACAACUUAAAUAUAAUACUACAUAUUGAGCUUAGGAAUAGGCUACUGAACCCCAUAUUUCUACCUGAGUAUUUCUUCGUAAAUGUCUCUCAGGGAAAGAAAGAGCAGGAUCUCAAUGAGUAAAGCUGCAUAAUAGGACUCACUACCUGAGGUCAGUUUGAGCUGGGUAGAAAAACAAACCAUGUUGUAUAUUAUUGGGAAAGUCAACAGAAUGGCACAGUGUACACACAGUCACACACACACAUACACACCACACACAGCAGACAUUGACUCCUGUCUACGGUUAUAUUAUGAGUGCAAUGAGGGGGUGGCGAUGUACUCAUCCCUGCCAGAGGCCUUAUGUUAUGUGUGUUAUUAUAGUUUCACAGUAGCAAAAACUACAAGCCCGUAGUCCACUCAGUAAUCUAACUCCACGUCCUAUUUCACCAUAUAACCAUUAGACCAAUACAAAGGAGCCAGAGAAUAGCUUCCGUGUACGGCCCAGAGAUACAGGCAAGGGUACAUCGACAAGCCAAGGUCAUGGCUUGAUAUAUUUAUACUUGCAUGUUGUUUUGAGGAUCCUUUUAGAUUCAGAGAGAAUGCUCUCCAAAUCAAUAUUUUAGGUCUAAAUGUGUUGUUCCCUUCCCUGACUGAAGUGGAGUCUUUCUACCUGUGAGUCUACAGCCCAAAACAUUAGAUUGUUUUCCCCCUAAGAGCUUUUUGAACAUGGUAUCUACGUUUUGACAAUCUGUUGACUUUAAACUACUUACUUUCCCAUUUCGAUGUGUUUAUCUGCUUUCAAACCUUUUAGUGAGACAAUUGUUUAGUUGUACAUUUUUUCUCUUUCUCUGUGUGUUUCUCUCUUUUUUUCUGUCUCUUUCUCACUCUCGUACUCUCCAUCUCUUCACCUAGCUUUAACCCUUUCUGUCUUUUUCUACAGACAUCCUUCAUAAGCCUUGUGUACUCAUUAAUGAUACAUUGCAUGAAUCUCUCACUUCAUCUCCUGUCCCUCUCUUUUUAUAGCUUUCUGUUUUCUCUCUCUCUCUCUCUUUUUAUAUCUCUCUGUCUCUCUCCCCCCAUCUAUUAAAUGGAACGACAGAGCAGUAGCUAGUUUCCUAUCGCCUUGAGUCUUUUCACUCUUUUUCUCUUCUGCGUUUUUCUAAUGAGAUUCCCGUCCAUGCGGAGCGCUGCUAGAAUGGGUUAUUAGGGAACUAGAAUGUUGUGUUUAGCACUAUCCCAUUGUAAAGACAUUCCACAGCCUACUAAUCUGUCCCCCUCAACCUAUUUACCAGCAUAAAGCCCCAGUCUUAAUGCACUAUAGGAUAAUGAAAAUCCUGAUGUUCAUUAAUGAAACUCAAUUAAAAGAGCGAGGGAAGUGGAGAUGGGAGGUAGGAGGGAUUGGGGGAGGAGGAGGGAAACAGAGUGAGGAGUCUCAGUGAACCAUUGAAAGGCCCCCGCACAAAAGCAUUUAUUUGACUUUCCUUCCACGGGGACUUGCUGAGCUUAUUAAAAUGCUUAAUCGCUUCCAUUAACUUCUUCAGAAUGGAGGGAAAUGUGCACAUUGUCCAAAAACAAAAUAUGUGUUGUUUUUUUCAGCUUGGAAACAGAGUAUGGAGGGUCUGUAUAAUUGUUGAGGAUGAAGACUUAGUAGAGAGUAGUAGUUGAGAUGAGAGAGGCAAUAGGUGGAUGCAUGUGCGUGUAAGUUGGUGUGUUUAUAGAAGAGGGCACAGUCAUCCACUCCUUCAGCUGUAAGUAUUGCCUCUCCAGCUCAUCCUGCAGCUGGAAUGGGGUGAAUAAAACUCCACCUUCCAUCGUCCUGCUGCAUCCCACUUCAAAUAAGCUGUCACUAAGUCCUCCAUCUACUGCAGUGGUCUGCAGCAGUCAUGAGGAAAUAGCCUCAAGCAGUUCGGAAUCACACAUCAACCACACAUCAAAACAAAGGGCUAAUGUGGAGAUAACCUCUAGCCUCUCGUCUUCCUCAGUCGCAGAAAAAUGGGACACAGUUCUUAGACCGUCGUCUCAUGGUCUUCUCUCCACACAAUGACAAGCUAGCUAGCUCAAUUAUCCCAUAAUAACGCUAAUCUCCCUUCAGGUCCAGAGUGUGAAUAGGUGUAAUCAUCUCGGCUCUAUUCACACUGUCUGUCCAUUUGUCUGUUCCUCUGUCUGUCUGUCUGUCCUUCCUAUUCAUGCUUACCAUAGGUUGGCGUGUUAAAUACCUGCCUGUAAUCCCCAUCCUACCUUAUCCCUCUCCUCAGAUCAGCCCUGUACACCACUGUUACAUUGUUACAGCCCGCCACCAUUUCCCCGCCCUCAGACUAACGUAAUCGUGGUCAUUUACCGGCACAUUUUCUCAAUGCCCCACCUAGUAAAUUGUCAACAAGCUCCUGUAUGGUGUAUGGCCCCUGCCUGUAGCUGAUGGGGGUGCAGAGGGGUGUGUUAUGGGGAUGGGGUGGGGGAUUUAGCAGGUGACAUGCACCAUGUUGUAAAGCAGCUCGGCGGUACUCGAGUACACGCACACACACACACACACACACACACACACACACACACACACACACACACACACACACAGAGAUACAGGAAAAUAUGCUAUUAGCAUGUCCAGGUUGGAGGCUGUGGUAAUAAGUGUCAGGGCUGAUGUUGUUAACAGGUAGAAUACAAACAGCUAUCACACAGCUGGACAAUAAUCAACAGCUGUGUGUGAAGCUUAGGCCUGCGAUGUGGAGAGAGGAGGGAGUUCGAGGAGGAAGACUGUGUGUGUUUAUGCUUUCCCGGCAUGGCUAGCCAUCUCUCAGAAGAUGUGUUGUGUUGGUAUUCAGGAGGAGUACUGUUGGUCCUCUGGAGGAGAUAGAGAGAGGGAGAGAGUAACCCUUUCAUCUGUUUUUCAUGCUUGUUAGCCACUCCUUUCUGUCUGCUUUUUGUUCUCUUUCUUAUUCCCCCUCUUUCUACUGUUUGCUUUUUCUUCUAGUGACUCCAGUUUUAUCCUCAAUCCUCCAUGUGCCCUCAAUUCCUCCAUGCUCCCUUAAACCUCCAUGUUCCCUCAUUCCUCCAUGUUCUGCCAUGAGAUGAUAUAGGAGCUAUUUGAGAAAGAAACUAAAAAAAACAUUAUUUUCCAUCUUUCUUCAGAACGGAGUCUGUUGCAGAGAAGAUGCUCACCAACUGGUUCGCCUUCCUUCUUCACAGGUUCCUCAAGGUGAGUCUAAUGCAACCUCCAGUUGAGCAGUUUUAGUAAAUCAGGGUUGUGGCAGUGAGAAUACAUUUUAUGUCGUUAAUCUGUGUGUUUUCUCUCUCUCUCUCUCUCUCUCCGUAUCGCCUCCAUCUCUCUCUCUAUCUCUCUCUCUCUGCUCUCUAUCGAUCUCUAUCCUCUCUUCUCUCUCAUAUAUCCUAUCUCUCAUCUCGCUCUCGCUAUAUAUCUCUCAUCUCUAUCUCCAGGAGUGGGCUGGGGAGCCUCUGUUCAUGCUGUACUGUGCCAUCAAGCAGCAGAUGGAGAAGGGGCCUAUAGACUGCAUCACUGGAGAGGCGCGCUACUCCCUUAGUGAAGACAAGCUCAUCAGACAGCAGAUCGAGUACAAAACCCUGGUCAGUACCACUCAGGCAAUCAGACAGAAACACACACUCACAAACAGUCAGACUCUACUGACUACAUAUUUCUCUUUCUCGCACACACAAACACACACACACACACACACACACACAUACACACCAUCAUGUUUUGCUUCCCUCUUUGUCCUGGAUAGCUAAUGAUCCUGUGGGUGCCAGUGCUGCUCCAACAGGAGAGCAGGGUUCUGUGGAGACAGAAACAGGAGCAC